AUGCAUGAGGCUUGUGGUGGCCUCGACAUUGCGGCGCAUGAAGCCCACGUGCGGGCACUAUUGUUGCAUACGAGGGCACGUAGUUUCUUUUUUGGGAAAACGUACAGAGGAAAGAUUGUUCCUGGAAGUUUUACAGACAUGCUGGUGGUGUGGCUACUUCUUAUUGGUUCAAGCAAUAUGAUAUUUUUUAGGUAUCAGUUAGAUCAAAUGUGGGUGUUAGACCUCCAUUCCAGAGGUGGAGGUAUUCGGGCAUGUUCGCUGGUAGAGAGGCAUGGAUAUUGCCGCUCUCUUUGGCAUGUCGUUGAAGCUUCCUCCUCCGCCCUCCAUUUCCUAGUUUUUUGGCACACUCCAUCAAUGGGAUUUUACAAGAUCAGCACUGACGAAAACAUUAAGGAUGGAAUUGCGAGUGGUGGAGGAUUAUCUGAUAUGUGGAUGGAGACUGAUUCACCUAUGACUGUACAUUGUAUCACCAGGGGUAGAGUUUGGAACAUAUGUUGCUGUCUUCCUAAGUUUGGAACAUCUUGUGCAAUAUAUAUAUAUAUGAUGAUAAAGAGGUUGAUUGGUGAAAGAUUAGUAGUAUCUAUGAUGGCAGAGAAUAAAGAGAUACUAACAAGCCCUAAGGCGCAAAGCCAUAAAAUGAUAUCCAAACCAAUUCUCGAGAAAGGAGUUUUUCAUUUUGAUUGUUCUGUGCAUGAUAGAAAUCAUGCAUUACCGAGCCUUUCUUUCAAAAACCGAAAAGAUAGGGAUACACCUAUUACCAAGUUUCAUGAUCCAACCUACAUUCCGACAUUUCAACGUGUUACGGGAGAACAGAGAGUCAAUAUCAAGUUGCCAGCUGGUACCUCUUUUUAUGGAACUGGAGAAGUAAGUGGGAGUCUGGAGCGUACUGGAAAGAGAAUUUUUACUUGGAAUACUGACUCGUACGGCUAUGGCGUGGAGACAACUUCCUUGUAUCAAUCCCAUCCUUGGGUUCUAGCGGUUCUUCCCGACGGAGAAUCAUUAGGGGUUCUUGCAGAUACUACAAAAAGAUGUGAGAUUGACUUGAGGAAGGCAUCAAAUAUAAAGAUCGUCUCCCCAUCACCAUAUCCUUUGAUCACAUUUGGUCCAUUUUCUUCACCAGCAGAUGUUCUUAUGUCUUUCUCCCAUGCUGUGGGUACUGUUUUUAUGCCACCCAAAUGGUCACUGGGCUAUCAACAAUCUCGUUGGAGCUAUGCUUCUGAUGCACGAGUUCGCGAGAUUGCUGGGAAAUUUCGAGAAAAAAAAAUUCCUUGUGAUGUCAUAUGGAUGGACAUAGAUUACAUGGAUGGUUUUCGAUGUUUCACAUUUGAUCAGGAUCGAUUUUCAGAUCCAAGUUCUCUUGUAGACUAUCUUCAUCAAAAUGGUUUCAAAGCAAACUGGAUGCUUGACCCAGGGAUCAAACAGGAGAAGGGCUAUUUCGUCUAUGACAGUGGUUCUGAAAAAGAUGUCUGGGUUCAAACUGAUUGCCAGAAGCCGUUUGUAGGGAAGGUGUGGCCUGGGCCGUGUGUAUUUCCUGACUUCACAAGAUCAGAAGCCCGCUCAUGGUGGGCUAAUCUUGUCAAGGACUUUGUUACUAAUGGCGUGGAUGGUUUAUGGAAUGAUAUGAAUGAACCGGCAGUUAUGGAGACUCCAACGAAGACAAUGCCUGAGAGUAAUAUUCAUAGGGGAGAUCCACAACACGGAGGCCACCAGAACCAUUCACAUUAUCACAAUGUUUAUGGUAUGCUGAUGGCAAGAUCAACAUAUGAAGGCAUGAAACUGGCCGAAGAACAAAAACGUCCAUUUAUUCUUACUCGAGCUGGGUUUGUGGGUAGCCAAAGGUAUGCUGCUACGUGGACAGGAGAUAAUCUUUCUACCUGGGAGCACCUUCGUAUGAGUAUCUCUAUGGUUCUUAAUCUGGGGCUUAGUGGACAGCCAUAUUCAGGGCCAGAUAUUGGUGGAUUUGGUAGGGAUGCAACAUCGAAGCUGUUGAGAAGGUGGAUGGGUGUAGGAGCUAUGUUUCCUUUUUGUCGUGGGCAUUCUUCGAAAGAUACCAUUGAUCACGAGCCUUGGUAUUUCGGAAAAGAGUGUGAAGAAGUUUGUAGAUUGGCAUUGACGAGGCGGUAUCGGCUUUUACCUCAUAUAUAUAAUCUGUUUUACUUGUCACAUACACUGGGGAUCCCUGUGGCAACUCCAACCUUUUUUGCCGAUCCCAAAGAUAUCAAGUUAAGAACACAAGAAGAUUCAUUCUUGUUGGGACCACUUCUCGUAUAUGCCAGCACGAAGGAUGACCGGGAGUCGUGUCAAAUGCCGCACAAGUUGCCUCCAGGAAUAUGGUUAAGUUUUGACUUUGAAGAUUCUCAUCCGGAUUUGCCAUCCCUGUACCUAAAAGGAGGAUCCGUUAUCCCUGUGGCUCCUCCUCAUCAGCAUGUUGGUGAAGCUAAUCGUACAGAUGAUGUAACUCUGCUGGUGGCUUUGGAUGAACAUGGUAAAGCUGAGGGUUUUCUCUAUGAAGAUGAUGGUGAUGGAUAUGAAUAUCUUGAAGGAGGAUACCUGUUGACAACAUAUGUUGCUGAACUUCAGCAUUCCAGGGUCACCUUAAAGGUUUCGAAAACUGAAGGAUCUUGGGAUAGACCAAAGCGCCGCUUACACGUGAAAUUACUGAUUUGCCUUGGCACUGUGCUUGAUGCAUGGGGUACUGAUGGGGAGACUGUGCAAAUCGAAUUUAUACGGUAGAUGAAAAUGCCGAAAGUAAAUAAAGUACUGAAAGUGCAGAGUGCGAUGUGAGUGCAGAAAGUGAUGGAAGCGAUUGUCCGCUGGAAUGAUCACAGCAUGUGUGUUCAUUUGCUAUCUUCCAUAAACAGUUCUUUUCAAUAAGGUUUGCAAUAAUUCUGGUUUGUAAUAAGGGUAUAAACCCCCCUGAGUUUACCUAUAUAAGAAAUAAUAAGAAUUGUGGAGCAGACUCCCGUUGUUAUUGAUUUUUAACUCUUUGUUUCAUUUGUGUUGUUGAGUUCA